GGUCUCUACGGGAAACAGGGGAGGAACUUUGACCGGUGGUCCAGUUUACAGUUAGCACCCUGCUAGCUGUUUUCUGCAUAAUUUUCCUCUAUUUUUUGUGGAUUUCAUAUGCAGAGAGAUGUGGUUUAUUUAUUUACUCAGCUGGCUGUCGUUGGUGAUCCAGAUAUCCUUCGUCACUCUAGCUAUAGCUGCUGGCCUGUACUACUUGGCAGAACUAAUAGAAGAAUACACAGUAGCCACCAGUCGAAUAAUCAAGUACAUGAUACUGUUCUCCACAGGUGUGCUGGCAGGUCUGUAUGUGUUUGAAGGCUUCCCUGUGUUUAUGGUGGGAGUCGGCCUCUUCACCAACCUGGUGUACUUCGGCCUCCUGCAGACGUUUCCCUACAUUCUGCUCAGCUCCCCAAACUUCAUCCUCUCCUGUGUGUUAGUGGUGGUGAACCAUUAUAUGGCCUUCCAGUACUUUGCACAAGAGUAUUAUCCAUUCUCAGAGGUGUUGGCAUACUUCACCAUCUGCCUGUGGGUGAUCCCCUUCGCCUUCUUUGUGUCGCUGUCAGCAGGAGAAAACGUGCUACCAUCCACCAUGCAACAAGGAGAUGACGUGGUGUCCAAUUACUUCACCAAGGGCAAGAGAGGAAAGAGGUCUGGCAUCCUCCUCGUGUUCUCAUUCCUCAAGGAGGCGGUGCUGCCCAGCCGACAGAAAAUGUACUGAAGGGCUCGGACCCGGAGUGAGGCCUUGGGGUUCGGAUAUGUGUGAGUGCGUGAGUGUUUGUAAGUUCAUGGGAAGCAGGAAGGACUGUGGAAUGAAAUCUGUCUGUGGAUGGGACUAAAACGAAGUGGAGGCCAAUAUGGAAAAAGAAGAGGACGGACCAAUGAACAGGACAGAGCCCCGUGCUGGACGAGUUUACACCGGCCAUGUUUGUCUGUCUGUGUGCGUACUGACUGCCAACUACAUCUACUAGAGUUCUCACUGACGGGAUCUUCUCUGUAGCGUAAUGCUUUCUUAUCGUCACGUUGGACUUCUCCAUUUUUUAAGCUUUGGUAUGAAAAUAAGUGUGCUGGGUCUGAAAAUAACCAACAACACAUGUAAACUUUCACUGUGGCAGAUAAAUCAUCAUCAGUUGUUUUCUUAAGAUACAUCUGCUGUCUAACACUUGUACUUUUUAUACACAGAAGCAGCAUUUAAGAUGUCAACCAGUUAAAGGAGCCUUUUAAAAAUGAAUGAGACAUAAUUUAGGUAAUAUCUGGCUAAAUCCUGAUGUCAAAGCUUUGAUUUUGGUGCCAAGUGAUCCCAGAAAGCUGCUGGAAAAUGCCAGACGGCUUAUUCAGAUCACCCAAAAUAGAAGUAAUGAAUCAGCUGUGGUUUAAGAUGUCUCAUGCUUAGAGUACUCUUAUUUGUUGCAUCACAUUAAUAAAAAAGGCACAGACAAAGGCAGAUAAAAAAAAACAAUGGAAAUAUAAUUUGGAUGAUUCAAAAGCAGCCACAUAAAUGCACUUUUUCUUCCUUUCUUUGUUCUCCUUGUCUUAAGUCAACACAUCCAUGUAUCACCAGCGCUUUAGUCUUCAACACACGUCUUUUUUGACUUUUUUUAAAAAUCGAAAUAUUUUUUACAUGGUCCUUGACAUCAAAAACAACAUCAGAGUAAAAACGCACUUCAGAAGAUAAAACCUGCUGCGACGACUCCCAAAAGCUCGCAGGUGUCAGGGACAAAAGCUGCUCAGAGUAGUUCAAUCAAAAACAAGGCUGAAAUUCUUUUUACCAAUUACCAAGAGUGAUUCAUAGUAGGUUGGUAUGCACAUGACUGUAAAGUAAAAUAAAAAGGUUUUGUUGAAAUAA